UGGAAAACGAAGCUAUGCCUUUACACAGUAGAAUCACUUGAUAUAUUUGUAAACAUUCCGAAGAUGAUUAACGUGAUUCUAAUCAUGAUUAAAAUUUAAGUUUGUUUAAACUAAAAUAAAUUUAAUUUACUAUUUCUUGCCACGAAAUGUUGUAUUAAUUUAUUUGUCUCUCUUUAAUUUCGAAAAUUAGUUUGAAGUAUGAUUAGCAAUGAGCCCUUAAUCACAGGGAUAAGGAAAGAAACGGCUUCAUUAAACGCCAGCCUCCGAAGCUGACUUUAGCUUCUGGAGUCUAAUCAACAAUUGUCUCUUGUUCUCUCUCCUUAUUUGUUCUUAUUCUUCUUCCUGUUGCAAUUGUCUCUUAAACAAACGAAAGGGAAGACAAAGACGAAGAGCUUCUACCGUAGUGAUGGUGGUAUCAGUGAAUCCAAAUGAAAAUAGCUUAUGGAACACGGUGUUGGAGAUGACGAAGGCGGCGCAGGAGAAGAAUAGCGACCCUCUCUUUUGGGCGGUUCAACUUGCUUCAACUCUUAACUCAGCUGGAGUUUCUCUCCCUUCAACUCACCUCGCUCAUCUACUCGUCUCUCAUAUCUGCUGGGACAAUCACGUCCCUAUUGCCUGGAAGUUUCUCGACAAAGCCUUAACUGUCAGGGUCGUCCCCCCCUUUCUUGUACUCGCUAUUCUCUCCUCCAGGGUCAUUCCAAACCGGCACCUCCACCCUGCGGCGUAUAGGCUUUAUAUGGAACUCAUCAAGCAGCAUGCCUUUUCAUUUCUGUCACUUGUCAAUGGACCAAAUUACUCUAAGAUCAUGAAAUCCAUAGAUGAAGUCCUUCACCUUUCCCAGAUAUUUGGGCUAAAAGUGUGUGAAUCCGGCACUCUAGUUGCUUAUGUCUUUUCAGUUGUGUUGCAAUUACUAGAUGCAUCAUUAGAUGAUGAGAGGCUAUUAGAACUUUCUCCCGAAAAUAAUUUUAGAUGGUCAACCAAGCCACAAGACAUGGAAAUAGAUGGUCUUGGCAGCUUCAAUGAGAAGAGAACUGAGCACCAUGAAAGACUUUGCAAAGCAAAUACUGUAAUGGCCAUAGAGUUAAUUGGAGAGUUUCUGCGAAACAAGGUCACUUCAAAAAUUCUUUGCUUGGCAUGUCAAAACAUACGAUCACUUUGGGGAAGUUUUGUUCAGCGGCUAAAACUGCUUAUAAUGAAGUCAACUGCAUUGAGAAAUUCUAAACAUGUUACACCAGAGGCCCUUUUGCAGCUGAUAUCUGAUACACAAAGAGUUUUGUUCAGCGAAUGUAAAACAACAUCAAAAGAGGUUCAUGCAAUCAUGGCUUCUAGUUCUUUAAUAUCUUCUGCUGGUCAAUCUAAUGGAACUACACAGUCUUCAUUGUGGCUUCCAAUUGAUUUGUUUCUGGAAGAUGCUAUAAAUGGAAGCCAAGUUGCAGCAUAUAGUUCCAUUGAAAUUCUUACUGGUUUAGUAAAGGCUCUGCAGGCGGUUAAUGGUACAUCAUGGCUUGAUACAUUCUUAGGUCUAUGGAUUGCGGCUUUAAGGCUUGUUCAAAGGGAAAGGGAUCCAAGUGAAGGUCCUGUACCUCGUCUUGACAGUUGUUUGUCCAUGUUGUUGUCUAUUACAACACUUGCGGUUGCUGAGAUUAUUGAGGAAGAUGAAAGUGAACUGAUAGGGGAAACUGAAGAAAGCCCAAACAAUCAUGGACAAGAGAAGCAUGCUCCAGGACAACGGCGGAAGGAUUUAGUUGCUAGCCUACAAUUGUUGGGUGAUUAUGAGAGCUUGUUGACUCCACCUCAAUCUGUUUGUUCAAUAGCCAAUCAGGCUGCUGUCAAAGCAAUAAUGUUUGUUUCAGGUCUCACAGUUGGUAAUGGUUACUAUGAAAGUGUGAGCAUGAAUGACUUGGCAAUUAACUAUUCUGGAAACAUGCGACAUCUAAUUGUUGAGUCUUGUAUUGCUAGGAAUCUGCUGGAUACUUCAGCGUAUAUGUGGUCAGCUAAUGUGAAGGGAUGCAGUAACCAAAUACCCCGUAAUGUUACCACCCAAACACCAGGGUGGUCUUCAUUGAUGAAGGGUUCCCCGCUAACUCCAUCAUUGAUUAAUGCUUUGAUUGCUACUCCAGCUUCUAGUUUAGCAGAGAUUGAGAGAGUAUAUGAGAUUGCUGUCAAUGGUUUGGAUGAUGAGAAGAUAUCCGCUGCUAUGAUUCUUUGUGGGGCAUCACUAGUUCGUGGUUGGAGUAUUCAGGAAAACACCAUUCUUCUUAUUAUAAAACUGUUGUCACCAGCAGUUCCUGCAGAUCAUUCUGGGAUUGAAAACCAUUUAAUUGGUUGUGCUCCAUUUUUAUAUGUUCUUCUUGUCGGAAUAUCAUCUGUAGAUUGCGUGCAAAUUUUGGCCCUACAUGGCCUGGUUCCACUACUUGCAGGUGCUCUGAUGCCUAUUUGUGAGGUUUUUGGAUCAACCGUUCCCAGUGUCUCAUGGACUCUUCCUACAGGGGAAGAGUUAUCCUCUCAUGUGGUUUUCUCCAAUGCAUUUACCCUUCUAUUGCGGUUAUGGAGGUUUGAUCAUCCUUCUGUUGAACAGGCAAUAGGAGACAUGGGAGCAUCUGUGAGGUCCCAACUAAGUCCAGAAUAUCUAUUAUUAGUUCGGAACUCUAUGUUAGCAUCUUUCGGAAAGUCUCCCAAGGAUCAAUUUAAAGCCAAGAGAUUUUCAAAAAUCCUUACUAUGUCUUUAGGUCCCAUUUUUUUGGAUUCUUUUCCCAAAUUAAAGUUCUGGUACCAACAGCAUCAAGAAUGUAUUGCUUCCACCCUCUCUGGUCUUGAACAUGGGACACCUGUUCAUCAGCUUGUUGAUGCACUUCUCAAUAUGAUGCUUAGAAAGAUUAAUAGAAGUGGGACUCCUUUAACUCCUACAACUUCUGCUGGUACUAAUUCAUCUGGGUCUGGAGUGGAGGAAGUGUUAGUUAGGCUCAGAUUACCUGCAUGGGAUAUCCUGGAAGCAACUCCUUUUGUUCUUGAUGCUGCUCUGACUGCCUGUGCCCAUGGAAGACUCUCACCUCGUGAACUAGCAACAGGGCUCAAAGAACUUGCUGAUUUUCUUCCAGCUACUCUGGCAACCAUAGUUAGCUACUUUUCAGCAGAAGUAACACGAGGUAUAUGGAAGCCUGCUUUCAUGAAUGGAACUGACUGGCCGAGUCCUGCUGCAAAUUUAAGCAGUGUUGAGCAACAGAUCAAGAAAAUCCUAGCUGCCACUGGUGUUGAUGUCCCAAGUCUUGCUUCAGGGGGCAGUUCUCCAGCUACACUUCCCUUGCCUUUGGCUGCACUGGUUAGCCUCACUAUAACAUACAAAGCAUCUGAACGUUUUCUUGUACUUGUUGCCCCUGCCUUAAGUUCUCUUGCCAUUAGUUGCCCCUGGCCAUGUAUGCCCAUCAUAGCCUCCUUAUGGGCUCAGAAAGCAAAGCGUUGGAGUGACUUCCUUGUGUUCUCUGCUUCUCGAACAGUCUUCCACCAUAGUAGUGAUGCUGUGGUUCAGCUCCUUAGGAGCUGCUUCACAUCUACUCUUGGAUUGAACUCUUCUAAUGUUUGCAGCAAUGGUGGUGUUGGUGCUCUGCUUGGCCAUGGAUUUGGCUCCCACUAUUCUGGUGGGAUCUCCCCAGUUGCCCCUGGUAUUUUUUACUUACGAGUACACCAGUCUAUCAGAGAUGUACUGUUUAUGAAAGACGAAAUUGUCUCUCUUUUGAUGCUUUCUGUAAGAGAUAUUGCUAGUGGUGGGUUACCUAGGGAAAAAUUGAAGAAGACCAAGAAUGGUUUGAGAUAUGGACAAGUUUCUCUUUCUGCAGCAAUGAUGCGUGUCAAGAUUGCUGCUUCACUAGGGGCUUCAUUAGUUUGGAUGUCAGGUGGAUCAAGUUUGGUGCAAUCUUUGAUUACAGAAACUUUACCUUCAUGGUUUAUAUCUGUUCAUGGACUGGAGCAGCAAGGUGGAGAAUGCGGAGGCAUGGUUGCCAUGCUGGGGGGUUAUGCACUAGCGUACUUUGCAGUGUUUAGUGGGUCGUUUGCUUGGGGUGUGGAAGCAGAAUCACAACAUUCAAAGCGUCGAUCGAUGGUUAUCAGGGCUCACCUAGGAUUUCUUGCAAGUGCCCUGGAUGGGAAGAUAUCGCUUGGUUGUGAUGGUGCAACUUGGCGGGCGUAUGUGUCAGGUUUUGUGAACUUGAUGAUAGGAUGUACUCCAACAUGGAUGCAAGAGGUGAAUGUGGAUGUACUGAAAAGGCUGAGUCAUGGCCUGAGGCAAUGGAAGGAGGAAGAAUUAGCUUUAGCCCUGCUGGGAAUUGGUGGUGUUGGUGCAAUGGGUGCAGCUGCUGAACUCAUUGUGGGGCGUGGGAUUUGAAUUCAAUGAUCAUAUAAUAGCUUAAGAUGCUGAUUAACUUUCUAUGUAUUGUUUGAUAUAUUUAUAUAUUUGUAAACAGUUAGUUUUAA